GUAAACGACCCAAAACAAACCUCCAGGAGACACUCAGGCAACAGAACCCGCGGCGCCUGUUGUUGUUCCCCGCUCGCUUGCUUGCUCUCUUUUUUCGUCAUUUUGGGAGGAACUAUGGCAGAUCGGAGCACGCAGAUGAAGAAUUCUAUUAACCAGAAGUUGGUGGAGACUGGGGAAAAGGAGAGAUUGAAGGACAUGUUGAGACAGAGACUUACGGAGUGUGGGUGGAGGGAUGAACUCAAGGAACAUGCCAAGGAUAUUGUGCGAGAACGAGGGCUACAGCAAGUAACUGUAGAUGACUUAGUGAAGGAGAUCACUCCACAGGGAAGAGAUUUGGUUCCUGACACAGUGAAGCGGGAACUUCUAGCAGAAAUAAAGAAAUUCCUUGCAGCACAAUCUCUAUAACUAUUUUUUGUGUUUAUAGUGAUUUAGUUAGAAGUUAUAUCUACAGAAAAUAUGUAUUUGCAAAUUGAUCUGUUGCAAGAAACAUUAGAUUAGCAUUUGUUUGCAUUAUGUUAUUUUCAAGUGAAAGUAAAUAUAUAUUGCAAGGUUUGACAAGAUAAUGUAAUUUUGUCAUGUAACACAUUAGUAUCCAAACAUAUAGCAUAAUUUUUCAUAGAUGUGUAAUUUUUAAAGAAAAUAAAAUUGUGUGACCAAG